CUCCCUCCUGUCUUACCUCCGCUCUCGGUCUCUCUCUGACUCUCCCCGAGCUCAGCUUCACCACCGGGACAGCUGCCCGUCCGCGCCUCGAGACAAAGGAAUGUGAAGACCUCAGAGGAAGUCCCAGGUGCUCGGCUGGCUAAGGUGUCUGGGAGGAGGUGACAGGAGACAUGGGUCUGAGCAAGGAAGAGAGUUGUACUCGUCGACCUCCCAUCAAGGGGCAGCCAGAGCCCCCAGAAUUGGCCAACCGAGUCAUCACUAUUGUCUUCUUGGCCCUGCUUAUAGACUUAUUGGGCUUCACUCUUAUCCUUCCCCUUUUGCCUUCCAUCCUGGACCACUAUGGCAGAUCCAAUGACCCCUUCUAUCAAUCCUUACAGCAGGGUGUGGACUGGUUUGCUGCCACAGUUGGUGUACCUCCCGAGAGGAAAUAUAACAGCGUCCUAUUUGGAGGUUUGAUUGGCUCCAUCUUUUCCAUCCUGCAGUUUUUCUCCUCCCCUCUCACUGGGGCAGCAUCAGAUUCCUUUGGGAGGCGGCCAGUCAUGUUGCUGACUUUGGUGGGACUGAUCAUAUCAUAUGCGUUGUGGGCCCUCUCCAGAAGCUUUGGAGCUUUUCUGCUCUCCAGAGUGAUUGGAGGAAUCAGCAAAGGCAAUGUUAGCCUUUCUACAGCUGUCAUCGCAGACCUGAGUUCACCCCAGGCCCGGAGCAAGGGGAUGGCCAUGAUUGGGGUUGCCUUCUCUCUAGGCUUCACCCUAGGUCCAAUGAUUGGGGCUUAUCUAGCGGCGGAGACAGGUAAAGGAGAUGUCUUCUACUUUCACGCAGCCUUAUUGGCUCUGGUGUUUGCCAUCUCUGACCUGGUGUUCAUUUUCUGCUUCCUUCCGGAAACUCUCCCUAGGGAAAAACGGGUUUCUUCUGUUAUAUCUGGGUUCCAGGCAGCAUCUGACCUGCUCAGUCCAGUCGCCUUAUUCCAGUUUUUGGCUGUUACAAGAGGGAAGGACUCCCCCUCCAAAGACAAACUCCAGAAUCUCAAGAUCCUAGGACUCGUUUAUUUCCUUUAUCUCUUCCUGUUUUCGGGGCUGGAAUAUACGUUAAGCUUCCUCACACACCAACGCUUUCAAUUCAGCAGCAUGCAGCAGGGGCAGAUGUUUUUCUUUAUUGGGAUCACCAUGGCCGUUAUCCAAGGAGGCUAUGCUCGACGGAUCAAGCCGGGAUGUGAGAUCCAAGCGGUGAAGCGGGCCAUUCUACUCCUGAUCCCAGCAUUCUUGUUUAUUGGAUGGGCUCCAAAUGUGCCUGUGCUAGGAGUGGGGCUGCUCCUCUAUUCCUUCGCUGCUGCCAUUGUGGUGCCUUGCUUGUCAGCCGUGGUCUCUAGUUAUGGCUCAGCGGGGCAGAAGGGCACAAUAAUGGGCACCCUGAGGAGCCUGGGAGCUCUGGCCAGGGCUGUGGGACCCAUUGUCUCAGCUACGGUGUACUGGCUGGCUGGGGCCCAGGUGUGCUUCACUGUCUGCUCCGCGAUGUUUCUUCUCCCUGUAGUUCUCCUCGGCAGUCUGAAGCAGCAAACCAAAGCCAAGUGACUCGUUCUCUGGGAAGGUGCCAGCGAUGCUGGGCCAUCUGGCAGAGUCUCGGCCCUCACGGCCAGCAUCUCCCGACACCUGAAGGAGGCACUGGGGCUCUUCAGGAAUCUGCCAUGAAACGGGCAUCCCAGCUGUUCCGGUUCCCCUCACCACGACGGGGUUGUCUUCUUCAAUAAUGUGGCCUGCCAUGGUGUGGGCUGGAACCGGAUGAAAUGGAACAUGAGUGACAAAAUACCUGGGAUUUAAGAAGCAGUCUUGGGGCUGAAAAACCAUUUAGUCACUUACGAUACUACACAUUUUGCUGCCGGGUCUCCGACUCUGAGAAUUUCGCCUUCUCAAGGUUCUGGUGCCUUUUCCCUUUUCACGCUGGUCGUUGACGGCGAUGGCCGUGUCAACGGCAGGAUGGCAGCCCCCUGGGAAGUGUGCGGGUGGUUCCCUGCCCCUGGGAGGGGCUCGCCAUCACAGCUUCUAAAGGUGACUACCAAAAAUGGGGAGGGUUUGAUUUUGCCUUUUUCUAUUAAAAAGUUGAGCUGACCAACAGGAGCAGCCCAGGCUAAUCUUGAAAAAAGUAACGGCUCUAAAAUGGUCUUGGUACGUACGCCCACAUUUUUGUACAAGGAGCCUCCUGUUCCCGAGAGUCGUGGUGCAAUUCUGACAAAAUAUGUAUGACAGAUUAAAAUUAUUUUGCAAAUUGA